GCGCUGCCCCGCUGCCAUUGGCUGCCAGGGCCUCUUUGUUCCAGGUCCCAGCCGCAGCCGAAUCGGGCUGCGGAAGUUCGAGGGCGCGGUGUGUGUGUGGCUGCGGCGUCGGGACGCCCGAGUCUCCGCAGCGGAGAUCGCGGACGCUGGACCGAGCCCCUCCGUCGCCCAGCAUGGACCUUGAAACCAAAAUGAAGAAGAUGGGCUUAGGUCAUGAGCAAGGAUUUGGAGCCCCCUGUCUGAAAUGCAAAGAGAACUGUGAAGGGUUUGAACUGCACUUCUGGAGAAAAAUAUGCCGUAACUGCAAAUGCGGACAAGAAGAACAUGAUGUCCUCCUGAGCACCGAGGAGGAUCGGAAAGUGGGGAAACUCUUUGAAGACACCAAGUACACCACCUUGAUUGCCAAGCUGAAAUCAGAUGGAAUUCCCAUGUAUAAACGCAAUGUUAUGAUAUUGACCAAUCCGGUUGCUGCCAAGAAGAAUGUCUCCAUCAACACUGUUACCUAUGAGUGGGCUCCCCCGGUCCAGAACCAGGCACUGGCCAGGCAGUACAUGCAGAUGCUGCCCAAAGAGAAGCAGCCGGUGGCAGGCUCGGAGGGGGCACAGUACCGGAAGAAGCAGCUGGCAAAGCAGCUCCCUGCCCAUGACCAGGACCCAUCUAAGUGCCAUGAGCUGUCACCCAAGGAAGUGAAGGAGAUGGAGCAGUUUGUGAAGAAGUACAAGAGCGAGGCUCUGGGGGUGGGUGACGUGAAGCUCCCCUCUGAGAUGAACGCCCAGGGUGACAAGCUGCACAGUCCUGCUGGGGAUAGAAACACUCCAGCCGCCGUGCUGCCCAAGGACAAGUCUGCCGAGCCCAAGAAGACCCAGUAUUCAUGUUACUGCUGCAAACAGACCAUGAAGGAAGGAGACCCAGCCAUCUACGCGGAAAGGGCCGGCUAUGAUAAACUCUGGCACCCGGCCUGUUUCAUCUGCAGCACCUGCGGCGAACUCCUAGUCGACAUGAUUUACUUCUGGAAGAAUGGGAAGCUAUACUGUGGCCGCCAUUACUGUGACAGCGAGAAGCCCCGCUGUGCUGGCUGUGAUGAGUUGAUAUUCAGCAAUGAAUAUACCCAAGCGGAAAAUCAGAACUGGCACCUGAAGCACUUCUGCUGCUUUGACUGUGACAACAUCCUGGCGGGAGAGAUAUACGUGAUGGUCAACGACAAGCCUGUGUGCAAGCCCUGCUACGUGAAGAACCAUGCCGUGGUGUGUCAGGGCUGCCACAACGCCAUCGACCCGGAAGUGCAGAGAGUGACCUACAAUAGCUUCAGCUGGCAUGCGUCUACAGAGUGCUUCCUCUGCUCCUGCUGCAGCAAGUGUCUUAUUGGGCAGAAGUUCAUGCCUGUAGAAGGGAUGGUUUUCUGCUCCGUGGAGUGCAAGAAGCUGAUGUCCUAGGAGGAGAACACCGAGCGGUGUUGGGCCAUAGCUAUUUACAAUGGCCUGCAUUUCAUGAUACAAGGCAAUUGGAAAAACUAAUAAAAAGAAAAAAAACUAUAUAGCAAACGA